UAACAUUUUUCUCAGUCACCACGAGCAGAACUGGGUUGACAACUGUCCUUUUUAAACUUCAAACCUGUCCUGUACAGAAGGACAAUAUGAAUCCAAACUACAGAGAUGAACAUGAGCUUUUUAUGAAUCAUCACACAGGUAGCAGCCCUGAAAAAGUUUUGGUGGUUUCAUUGAUUAUGCCUCUUGCUGCUUUUGCCCUAAAGCUGGUUUCACCAUGGUUGUGGACUUAUGAUGCUAGCUUUUGGGUGAAGGUUAUCACAGAAAUCGUGCUAUUGGUAUUUCCAUUAGUCCUUUGUCUUACCAUUUGGAAUAGUCAUAUAAUCCUCUUCAUCUCAAGUCUGUCUGCUGUGUGUUUGAGUUUGAUUUUGUUGAACCAUUCUAUUAAAUGUUUAUUGGGAUCAAGAAAGAAGACAUAUGAAAGUAACUCUUCAUUUACCCAAAGCAAAUAUGUGCUCAUACCUAUAAGCUUUUCAUCUUUUAUAAAUGCGAAAUGUGAGGAAUUAACGGAUAAGCCUCAGUUCAUAACUAAUAUGAGGGCACAUGUACUACUUGUAACAGCUAUUAGCAUCCUUGCUGUGGAUUUCCCAGUUUUUCCAAGAGAAUUUGCUAAAACUGAAGAAUUUGGUUGGAGUUUAAUGGAUGUUGGUGUUGGCUGUUAUGUGUUUAUGAAUGGAUUAGUAGCUCCAGAAGCCAGAGGAAAAAUAAAUCAAAAUAGAUGGACUUCAGUCUUCAAAACUUUCCUGUCUUCCUGUCCUUUGUUCGUCUUGGGCUUUGGAAGACUUGUGGCUAUUAAAGCUACAAAUUAUCAUGAACAUGUUACAGAGUAUGGCGUUCACUGGAAUUUUUUUCUUACUCUUGCACUUACCAAGGUAAUAUGUACAAUAUCUCUAAAUGCACUCCCUGUGUAUGUGCAUGUAGUUGUACCAGUUCUGUAUCAGUACUUGUUGUCACAUUAUAAAAUGACAGAAUACUUGUUGAGUGAUGAAAGAAAAGGCUUCCUUCAUGCAAAUAAGGAGGGUUUGUGGUCACUGUUUGGUUAUACUGCCAUAUAUCUGUUUGCUGUACAAGUUGGUAAACUGCUCUUUAAACCAAGAGAUACAUUAAAAGAGUGGCUUAUUUUCCUUGGUUAUCUGUUACUUGCUGGAGGGAUGUUUUGGAUCUUUAUGCACUUUUCUGUUGAAAAUAUAGAGCCUUGUUCAAGAAGAACUGCAAAUCUUUCAUACGUUUUGUGGAUGGUUGCCUUUAACCUCAUUAUUUUGGCAGUUCAGUUAGCUGAAAUAAUUUUGACCAGUUUAUUAAGAACACAAAAGUUGAUGUUGGGACCAAGAACGAUUCUAAUCUCCAAAGACAAAGAGAAAGAACAAUACAGAAUCAUAGUGGUGGAGGCUAUCAGUCAAAAUGCUUUAUUGUUUUUCUUAGUUGCUAAUGUUGCAACUGGUGCUGUCAACAUAUGUGUUCAGACAUUGUACACUUCUUCAUUAAUUGCUGUGAUAAUCCUAGUUUGCUACAGUUCAUUUUUUAUGUUUAGGAGUAAGUGCUUUAUACAAGUAUUCAGUGCAAUAUAAAUUUUGGUAAAUAUGCAGGUUAUGUUUUCAUUAUUUUUAAUAAUGUAGUUAUGGUGUUGUUUUUUUAAUAAUACAUAAAAGAACGUUUUUUUACUACAUACUUGGAUUUUCUGUUGAUACAAUAAAGAUACAUACAGUACUUUCCAAAAGUGUUAGGACAAAGUCAAAAAUUAGAUUUCAGGCUACUUUUAAAGUAUAAUGGAAGGUAAAUCACA